CAGGAGCCCCCUGUCACCCCGCAAGAGCCCCCUGUCACCCCGCGGGCUGCAGAGCCCCCCCAGCACCCACCGCCUGCCCGCCAGCCCCACCAUGGAGCGGGGUGGCCCGGGACUGGCCAGUGACCGGAGCCGUGUAGCCCCCAGCAGAGACACCCUCCGGCCAGGGACCCUCCCCAGCCUGUCGGACAUGGGGGACCCCACGGAGGCCAUCAGGAAGGAGGAGAAGAAGAUGAAAGCUGCUCGCCUCAAGUUUGACUUCCAAGCUGAGUCACCCAAGGAGCUGACGCUGCAGAAGGGGGACAUCGUCUACAUCCACAAGGAGGUGGACAGGAACUGGCUGGAGGGCGAGCACCACGGCCGCGUGGGCAUCUUCCCCUCCAACUACGUGGAGAUGAAAGCUGCUCGCCUCAAGUUUGACUUCCAAGCUGAGUCACCCAAGGAGCUGACGCUGCAGAAGGGGGACAUCGUCUACAUCCACAAGGAGGUGGACAGGAACUGGCUGGAGGGCGAGCACCACGGCCGCGUGGGCAUCUUCCCCUCCAACUACGUGGAGGGUCUUUUCCAACCUGAAUGA